AUGACAACCCUGUUGGCCGGAGCGCGUCCUAUUCGGUCCUUCGUAGCCAAGUCGGCCGUCCGAGCCUUGGCUACUGCAGCACCCGUCAACCCCAUCGUUCCUCCCGUCAGAACCAGCUUCGGUAGCUUGAAGGAUGAGGAUCGCAUUUUCACAAACAUCUACGGAUUCCACGACUACAAACUCCAGGGCGCCCUCAAGCGUGGUGACUGGUACAAGACCAAGGAGAUUUUGCUCAAGGGACACGACUGGAUCUUGGACGAGAUGAAGGCGUCUGGACUCCGCGGACGUGGUGGUGCCGGUUUCCCAUCCGGAUUGAAGUGGAGUUUCAUGAACAAGCCCCACGAUGGCCGCCCCCGUUACUUGGUUGUCAACGCUGAUGAGGGUGAGCCAGGUACCUGCAAGGAUCGCGAGAUUAUGCGUGGCGAUCCCCACAAGUUGAUUGAGGGAUGCUUGGUCGCUGGUCGUGCCAUGAACGCCAACGCCGCCUACAUUUACAUCCGCGGAGAAUUCUACAACGAGGCUUCCAACCUCCAGGUCGCCAUUAACGAAGCCUACAAGGCUGGCUUGAUCGGCAAGAACGCCUGCGGUUCUGGUUACGAUUUCGACGUCUACAUUCAUCGCGGUGCUGGAGCCUACAUUUGCGGAGAGGAGACUGCUUUGAUUGAGUCGAUCGAGGGUAAGGCUGGAAAGCCCCGCCUGAAGCCUCCAUUCCCCGCUGAUGUCGGCCUCUUUGGAUGCCCCACCACCGUCGCUAAUGUCGAGACUGUCGCUGUUGCCCCCACUAUCUUGAGACGCGGUGGAAAGUGGUUCGCUGGUUUCGGUCGCCCCCGUAACGCUGGUACCAAGCUGUUCUGUAUUUCUGGACAUGUCAACAACCCCUGCACAGUUGAGGAGGAGAUGUCGAUCCCCCUUAAGGAGUUGAUUGAGAAGCACUGCGGAGGUGUCAAGGGAGGCUGGGAUAACCUUUUGGGAAUCAUUCCCGGAGGUUCUUCUGUCCCAGUUUUGCCCCGCAAGAUCUGCGACGAUGUCUUGAUGGACUUUGAUGCCCUUCGUGAUGUCCAGUCUGGUUUAGGAACAGCUGCCGUUAUUGUCAUGGACAAGUCGACCGAUAUUGUUUCGGCCAUUUCUCGCCUUGCCGCCUUUUAUAAGCACGAGUCCUGCGGACAGUGCACGCCUUGUCGUGAGGGAACCACCUGGUUGGCCAACAUGAUGACCCGUUUCGAGAACGGCCAGGCCCGCCCCCGCGAGAUUGAUAUGAUUGAGGAGCUCUCCAGGGAGAUUGAGGGACACACCAUUUGCGCCUUGGGUGACGCCGCCGCAUGGCCCGUCCAGGGUUUGAUCCGUCACUUCCGCCCAGAAUUGGAGGCACGCAUGGCUCAGUUCAGACAGGACGCUCAGGUCCAGGUUUAA